AUGAAGAUGCUGGGAGAACCUGGGGGCGAGGGCGGCAGCCUGGGCAUGCGUACACAUGAAUCCAGCCUCCCAUCCUGCCCUGCGGAGGUGGAAGAGGGCAUGGCCGGCUGGACCCACCCCCUCUCCCCGGAAGCCAGGAUCCGAGAAACAGAAGUCAUCAACCCCCUGGACCUGGAAACCCAGUAUUUCUCAGGAGCCCUGCCAGAUGACGAGGAUGUGGGAGGCCCGGGGCAGGAACCUGAUGACUUUGAGAUGUCGGGCUCUGGAGAUCUGGAUGACUCAGAAGACCCCAGGAUCGCCCCUAAAGUUAUCUUGCCUUUGGUGCCUAUAGAUAACAACAUUCCUGAGAGGACCGGGCCGGUGAACCGGGUCCCCACAGACACCAAGGAGCUUGAGGACAAUGAGGUCAUCCCAAAGAGGAUCUCCCCCUUCGAUGGGGAUGAAGACGUGUCCAACAGGGUGUCCAUGUCCAGCACUGGUCAGGGCAGGGGCAUCUUUGAGAGGACAGAUGUUUUAGCAGCUCUGAUUGUGGGUGGCGUAGUCUGCAUUCUCUUCGCCACCUUCCUCAUCCUGCUGCUGGUAUACCGCAUGAAGAAGAAAGACGAAGGCAGCUACGACCUGGGCAAGAAGCCCAUCUACAAGAAAGCCCCCACCAACGAGUUCUACGCGUGA